AUGGUUUUGGAACUAUCAGAGGUAGAAGAGACAACAUCAGUAAGCAGCUGUUUUGCAUCAGAAGACACCACUGAAGACUCAGGUGUUGUGAGUUCUCCAUCUGAUGUCGUAUCUUUGGAUUCACAAAAUGACAAUAUGAAAUUGAAAGACAAGCCAGUGAAUGGUCAGGAGGACUCUGCUGAAAGGGAUGGAACUUGCGCAGCAGAGUUGUGCUCUGUGAGGAAUACCUCCUGCGAUAGCAAUGAUUCUGGAAAUGCUCACCAGAGAACUGACAGUGACUACAGCAAUUGUAUCUCCAACAAAGUUUUCUCAAGUAGAAGGCCUUAUAGGGGCCUGAUCCCAGAUGGUGUUGAGCAUCUUCAGCUCCCAUUGGCUUCGGUGGAUGAUCAGCACUUCCUAAGCCGAGAUGAAGAAACGACUGCAGCUAAGAAUGACAAUGAGGAUGUAGUCAUUGCGGCACGACUCCAACAGACUUUGGCUGAACUGGAUGAAGAUUUAGAAGCAAUGGAAGGUAUACAUUAUGAAGCAGAUAACGACUCUGUAUCAAACCACACAAAUGGGGCGUCUAGCCCGUAUUUCAGUGAUGCAGACACUGCUCAAGAUGCUGCCUUUGUUGUUCCAGUAACAAUUAUAGAUGAGAUUCUGGAUAUUAUCGCAGUAGGUCCAAUUGAAGAUGAAGAGAAUGCAUUAAUCCCUAACGCAGAUGAUGAAGAUAUGUCAGCUGAUUCCAUUAAUUUAGGGAACUUUACAAAUAAUAACAGUGCAGGGUCUUUUGAUAAGAAACAUGUAGAUGGUGGAUCUCUGAGCAUAUCCAUGGACUUAAUUCACCAGCAGUCUUCUGACGAUGUAUCUAAACCCCUGCCCGUAGAACAGAGGCGAGAGAUGUUUGAAUCUCUUUCAUCCUCGUUUGAAAAGAGAAAUGAAAACAACCUGCAACUGGAAAACACCUAUAAAAAUGCUGUUAGUUCUGAGGAAUGCAAACCCAUUCUGAUUUCUUCUCACCUCAAGCCUAAGACUCAAAUCCACAUAGCAAGAGAGAAAACAAAUCCACGUAAUGAACAAAAUAGUCAGGAAAGAUUCUUGAACAAAAUGAAAACAGAAUUGGAAUUCAAGCCCCCAUCAACCAAAACAACUGAGGAGAAAGAAGAUAUCCUGUCACCACCUCUGUGGGGUCAUCGUGCCCCUAGUUCUGUAACAAGCUAUGAACCUAAAGUAGGUCUGACAACCUUUAAAGUUGUCCCUCCCAAACCUGAAAUAAAAUACUUCGAUAGAGGUAAUUCUUUCUCCACUGGUGCCAUUAAGAUAGAUGACCUAGGCAACUUGAUGAUUCCAAAUGCUGGUAACAAGAACACGUCAGAUAUUUCUUCCAAUGAAACUGAAGAACCUCUUAUUGGGAGAGUAAAGGAAUUCUGGAGGUCAAACUCUUCAGGAAAACAAUCUGACAAGUCUAUAGAACAUAAUUCUAAAAAGUCAAUAGUCACUGUGAGCUCCAAACCCUUUAAUUCAAAAUUUGAAAGCAAACCUAUCUCUCCAACAGAUCCAAAACCUAUACCAUCGCAACCAGUUACUUCAAAUGUGGCUGAAAGGCAUUUUGAGCUUGAAAGAAUCAAACCACCUGUGCCAGCCACACAGUCUCAGGUAAAAACGUCAGUGUCCCCAACAAUUAUCAAGGACAAGACAGAGUUCCCAUUUCUAAAGCCUUAUAAAAGAACUUCAAGCCAUUAUGUUGCCUCUGCCAUUGCAAAACGCCUAGAUCCACUUACAUUUAAGACUGAUUUGACAGAGAAGCAUGAUAAAGAGGAGAAUAAUCAUGAAGAAAAACUGAUAAAAACUGGAGCAGAACCUCUCCCCAAAGGAUGCAUUAUUAUGGCCAAAACCAGCCCUAUGGAAAUAAAACCAGCAGAAAUGAGAGACUCUUAUUCAAAUGUUUUUACUUGCAGUCACAAAGCAUCAAAUAGCAGGUUGAUGCUUGGUGAUAAUUCUGCUGUGAAAAACAAAGCAGUGAACAUCAGGUUACUGAAUCAGACAACCCCUGUAGGUUUCUAUAAACGGAGUAUCAGUGUACCAACUAAAUCUUCUUCAAAGGAUAACAGGACUGCAGAAGGCGAUCACAGUUUUAACAGCAAACAUAGUAUAGUUGAUAAAAACACACAUCCUUUGUCUGAUCAGACAUAUGAGAAGGUGGACCAUACUAAUUCUUUCUCAUCGUUCACAUCACCUGAUCUCCCAACACCUACAUCCUCUUCCAGCUCAUUGUUGAGGUCCACUAAAUGGCAUCCUGCUAACAAUAUACAAACUAAUUCUUCAGGAGCAUUGUCAGAACUAAAUAUUAUGCCUGUGAAUAACCACGUCAUUUCUCAAAGGGACGAGAAGCCUGACAGUAUAAAUAAAUCUGAUGUCACUGUACAGACCAAUAUCUUUGGGCCAAAGAAGAAGUUUAAACCCAUUAUCCAGAAAUCAGUUCCGAAAGAUACAUCUCUGCACAGCACUUUAAUGGAAGCCAUUCAGACUGCAGGAGGAAAGGAGAAACUCCGAAAGAGUUCAGACAGCAUGAUAAAUGGAAGUCAGAAGAAAUCCUCAUAUGCCGAGCCAGAGAAUGAGCAUUCAGCCCUGCUGGCAGCAAUCAGAGGCCACAGUGGCACCUCAAGCCUAAAAAAGAUCUCAUCAUCGGCCUCUGAAGAGCUGCAGAGCUUUAGAAAUGCAGAACUGUCCUUGCAAAAUAAAAAAGCCUGUCAGGCAGAGCAACUUUGGAUCCCGCCUCCACCUGUCCUGCCGCCGCCACCACCUCCUCCCAGCCACAAGUCAAUGACAGCUCCGAAAUUUCCUGUCACUGCUACAAGUAACCCUGGGGAGGCAAGGGAGGCCCUAAUGGAGGCUAUUCGCUCUGGUGCUGGAGCAGCAAGGUUAAGAAAGGUCCCUCUCCUAGUUUGAAUCAUGUCUAAAGAACAGGUAAUUGGAAAAUCUAACUUCACACACACACAUAAUCAUCAUUCAAAGACUGAAGUGGCAAAGAACAUCAAGAAGUUUAGUUUAUUCUCCUGUCUACGGGCCAAAAUAAGUUGCAAUUGAAUGUACCUGCAAAAUGGUUCUAAGGGAAAAAUAUGAUGCUUUGCUGCACAGUUUCUGUGCCAAGGACAUGUGUUUUGCCUCUAAAUAUUUAAGAUUGCCAAUAAACUAUUGUUGGCAGGUUAAUAAAAAUAUAAACACUGUGUAGUCCUGUGUUAACACUUAAUUGUGUAUACGGGGAAAAUAAAGAUUUUUGCUAUCUGUGUGAACAAUAACAUUCAUUCAGUCUUAAGUUGUUUAAAAUAUGCAAAUGUUUCAAACAAUUUACUUGUUUCUUACCCUUUGAUUUGGACAAAAGAGCUAGAACCAAUAAGAAAAAAAGCAAAUAGAAUAAAGAUCCAUCAAUUUUAAUCACAAGAAAUAAGUUAUGGCAGAUUCUGAAAUGCCUAAUUUGCCAUAUGCUGUUAUGUUCUAUAAUUAGGUGAGUUUUAUAUCUCUAGAACUCUCACUAAGCAGGUAAUCAACAGUGAACAUGAGAUAUACUGAACCCAUUCAUGACACUGUGAAAGUGUUGUGAGAUGUGAAAUAAAAGGGACCUUUACUUACUUAAAGCCUUCACAGUCUCUAAUGUAAUGUUUCAAAACACUGCUUAGUCUUUCAGGAUCUGGGACUCAUUCCUGCCCUCUGAAAUGGAGGUGUGCCCGCUCACAUAUGUAAGAGCAGGACCAAGUCUAUGGGUCAGAUCCUGAGCUGGUGUAAAUUUCACAUAAUCUGGCCCCUUGUUUCUAAUUCAUCAUGGCUCUAGUGUUUUCUCACCAUUAUUUAUAGCAGCUUAUUUUACAAAUAUUAACUACUUUGGUAGUUGACAUAUAUUUUGAAAAUAUUUCAUUAAAUUGAAAUGAUAACUUCGGAAGGACAGAUCAGUCAACAUUUUUUCAUAUUUACUAUAUUGUAAUGAAUCUGAGGAAGUAAGAGUUUGUAUAUUUUAAUUUUUUUAUAAUCAUUUUAGUACUAUACACAGCCCAGCAUGGAUAUAUUUGGGGGGAGGGUUUCAGAGCUGGAAUUUAAAAACAUAGCUGUGUAGUGUUGCUAAUGUUAAAAAAGAGAAGCACUGUUUAGCCAUCUGUACUUAAUAUGAAUGUAUGUUAUAUAUUGUAAAAUAUUCAUCUGUUAGUGCCACAAUUAAAAAAAAUUGUACAAGA